GAUCUUGCGGCAGAACCAUGAAGUUUCGCGUGCAUGGUGGGGGUGGUUGUGCCUGGCACUGACCAGAAAAUUUAUGAGUCAACUCGUAUCUUAGUAUUUAUACAACAUUCGCCGCCACUAUAUCACAUUGUCGUUUCCUCCUCUCUCCUAUCUACGCCAUAUUUAAAACGUAUUAUUUGGAAUUUUCAAGAUGCCUCAUCUACCCUCUGGUGAGGGUGAGGGCGAUGUGCCCCGCGACUUGGUCUUUCCACCAGUUACCAAGGACCACAUCCAGAAUUGCUCAUAUGACUCCUGGUUUCCUAAAUACAGAACAUCCUGCCUAAAGUCUCGCAUCAUUCCUUUACCUCCAGAUGUUGUCGCCUAUCUUCAAGAAGAUGGCAUUGUCUUAGCUGAUGAGGACGAUACUCUUGGAGGCGAGGACGAGGAGGGUGAAUGGCAGAGCUCUGGCGCUACAACAAACCACAAUCAAGAAGUAUCAGACGAUGAAGAGGAUAAAGAUGAGGAGCCUAGACUGCCCCCGAACAAGCGUUUCCCCGAGAUUCACCAAAAAAUCAAAGACACAAUUGCUGAGCUUGGUGGCGCCGUUGCGCCUAAGCUGAAUUGGUCCUCGCCAAAGGAUGCCAAAUGGAUCUCGCCGCAUCAGAACACACUGAAGUGCACAACACCGAAUGAUAUUUACCUCAUACUCAAGUCGUCCUCAUUUGUAUCGCAUGACUUGGUCCAUGCCUUUGAUGGUUGCACAGAUGCACCUGCAAACCGUCCGUUUGUUCCGGUGUUAGUCCUCCGCCCAUUCUUCGUUCCACAUGUCGCCCUCGAAUUCAGAUGUUUUGUCAAGCACCGAACACUUAUCGGUAUUUCGCAAAGAGACUUGAACCGUUAUGACUUUUUGGAGGAUCUGCGACCGAAUCUGUGGAGAAAGAUUACUACAUUUUACAAGGAGACCUUGCGCCACACCUUCCCUGACGGCACGUUCACCUUUGAUGUCUACGUACCCGAAAAUUCUAUGGCAGAUGACGGCCUAGGAAAAGUCAGACUGAUGGAUAUUAACCCUUGGGCGCCCCGUACCGAUGCCUUGCUUUUUGUAUGGGAGGAGCUUCUGGAGAAGGAGGUCCCCAAACCUCUGUAUGGCUCUGCUACAGUCGCUGAGGGCGAGGAAGUCAGUGGCGAUGACACAACUGCAGACGAAAUGGAGGAUGAUAUCAUUUCAUACCGUCCAGAUCGUUUACCUGAGCUGAGGAUUGUCGAGAAGGAUGACCCCGCCGCGUAUAAUUUUAGCACACCCCAGUACUCUGCUCACAAGCUCCCCAAGGAAGUUGUCGAUGCCAGUUUGGCUGGCGAAGGUGGCCUGAGAGAAUUUGCGCAACAGUGGAAAGAUAUUACGGAGGGUAGAGGUCAGGGCAUGUGGGAUCAGACCUCAGGCGUAUAAGUUUAUCGGAUAAUAACAUGCUAUGAUACUAAUUUUGUGCUUCACUGAGGCGUGAUCAUGAACAACGAUCGUUAAACGUCUAAGGCUGCUUCACCGUCAAAUUGAAAUAAUCUGAGCCGUAUCACAACUCCGAUGCUUCUCUCUAAAUCUAUCGCACCCUGUGU